UAUUCGGUUAACUAUGUAGAGAAAUUAGGUAAGUGUAAAUGUUUACCCGUGGGGCAUUAUUAUUUAAUUAACAACCGCACUUCCUUAAUAUAGUAUAUACAAUAUAGAAGAUGAAUGCCCAUCAAUGAUUUGUACCUUCUAUUAUGAAUAAUGUGAAUAAAGUCAAAAAGAAAAGGAGCAUAUGUGAUGGUUAAUUUAACAAGGCUUUUGAGGAUGUUAACUAUUUUAGGAUUCCUUGUUCCGCUUUUGAUUAUUCUGGUGAUUUUUGCUGUUUCAUUCAUUUCCAAUUUCACGAUCUGCAGAAAGUAACAAAGUUCAAACACUGAUUGACUGAAACAGUUUGUGUAAUACUGAAUUACGGUCACAUACGCUCAAAUUUUGUUACACAAGGACUUAUUACAAAUGUAGCAGCUUCUACUAGACAUUAAAGUGCAGUGCUAGUAGUUAGCAGAUAUAUAAAUUCUACUUGAUAUUGAAGUGCAGUGCUAGUAGUUAGCAAAUAUAUAGGUUUUUUUUUUAAUUCUGUGAAUCAAUUUGGACCUAAAGAUUGUUCCCGAGAAGUAUGAAGUAAUUCUCUUGGCCGGUUUUAAUAUUAUCUUUAAAACAUCGCAAUCCGGGACCGUCGGGAGUCGGCAGUACUAGAUUUACCGCCCCCUUGGAAAAGAGGAAUUUUUUAUUGAAAAGCUUAGUAGGAUGAAAAGGUGAAACAAACUACUGAAAAUCAUGUCGGGUAACUACUACUUUGUAAUGGUGGGACACUUGGACAAUCCAAUAUUUGAGAUGGAGUUUUGUCCACCUAAUAGAGCCAAUGAACCUAAGAAAGAUGACCAUCGUCACUUGAACCAGUUUGUUGCUCAUGAGGCUCUGGACCUGGUAGAUGAACAAGUGUGGACUACAAACAACAUGUACCUUAAAAUUGUGGACAAAUUUAAUGAGUGGUUUGUGUCAGCCUUUGUCACAGCAAGUCGAAUGAGAUUUAUGAUGUUACAUGAUGUAAAAAACGAAGAUGGCAUAAAGAAUUUCUUCACAGAAACGUAUGAAAUGUAUAUCAAGCAUUCCAUGAACCCAUUCUACGAAAUCAACAAACCAAUCGUGUCGCCUGCUUUUGAGAAAAAAGUUCAGACAUUUGGACGAAAGUACCUAACAGGAUAAAUCAAACUGUCUAGGAUAUCGGCAUCAGUGCAUGUCUAGGAUAUCGGCAUCAGUGCAUCUUGUUUUGUGUGCAAUAAUUAAUGUUAUUUGCUCUUUGUUAUGUACAUUUGUAUGAUGAAUAAAAAUGAAUAUCACUGUAUAAA